GUCGCCCCUGUCGUCCGCCCCUAGCUGUCCCGCCAUGGCCUCGCGCCUCCUCCUCGGGUCCCUGCGCGUCCUGGGCCGCUGCUGCGCGCCGCGCCCGUCGCCCGCCGUAAGAUGUUCUCAUUCUGGAGGGGAGAAACGUUUGGAAUCUCCUUCUGCUAAAAAAUUAACAGAUGUAGGAAUUAGAAGAAUCUUUUCUUCAGAGCACGACAUUUUCCGGGAAAGUGUAAGGAAGUUUUUUCAAGAAGAAGUGGUUCCUCAUCAUUCAGAAUGGGAGAAAGCUGGAGAAGUGCCUAGGGAACUCUGGGAAAAGGCUGGAAAACAAGGGCUGCUUGGAGUCAAUAUUGCAGAGCAGCAUGGUGGUAUUGGUGGUGACUUGUACUCCACAGCUAUUGUUUGGGAAGAGCAAGCAUAUUCAAAUUGUACAGGGCCAGGUUUUAGUCUUCAUUCAGAUAUCGUCAUGCCUUAUAUUGCCAACUAUGGCUCAAAAGAACAGAUUGAGCACUUCAUCCCCCAGAUGACGGCAGGCAAAUGUAUUGGUGCCAUAGCAAUGACAGAGCCUGGUGCUGGAAGUGACUUACAAGGAGUAAGAACAAAUGCCAAAAAGGAUGGAAGUGAUUGGAUUCUCAAUGGAAGCAAGGUAUUCAUCACUAACGGCUGGCUAAGUGAUGUUGUGAUUGUAGUCGCAAUCACAAAUCGUGAAGCUCGCUCUCCCGCCCAUGGCAUUAGCCUUUUUCUGGUAGAAAAUGGAAUGAAAGGAUUUAUUAAAGGACGGAAGCUACAUAAAAUGGGAUUAAAAGCCCAGGAUACUGCAGAACUGUUUUUUGAAGAUGUCCGAUUGCCAGCUAGUGCCUUACUUGGAGAAGAGAAUAAAGGCUUCUACUAUCUCAUGCAAGAGCUUCCACAGGAAAGGCUGUUAAUUGCUGACUUGGCAAUUUCAGCCUGUGAAUUUAUGUUUGAAGAAACCAGGAACUAUGUUAAACAACGAAAAGCUUUUGGGAAAACGGUUGCACACAUACAGACAGUGCAGCAUAAACUAGCAGAAUUAAAAACACACAUAUGUGUAACCAGAUCUUUUGUGGACAGCUGUCUGAAGCUACAUGAAACGAAACAUCUGGAUUCUGCCUCUGCUUCUAUGGCGAAAUAUUGGGCAUCAGACUUACAAAACAGCGUUGCUUAUGAAUGUGUACAGCUCCAUGGAGGCUGGGGAUACAUGUGGGAGUACCCAAUUGCAAAAGCUUAUGUGGAUGCCCGUGUUCAGCCAAUCUAUGGUGGUACCAAUGAAAUAAUGAGGGAGCUGAUUGCAAGAGAUAUCGUCAGUGACAAGUAGACAUCUGCCCACAUCCUGGAAUCCUAUUACAGCUAAUCUGGUUUUAAAUCUACUCAAGAUAAAAUGAAACCUGGAAGGAGGGGAAAUACUAAAUAUGUUUUUUAUGUGCCUUCUGUGUAGAGAAAGAAAUCAAAUAUAAAUACAAUAUUAACAGUGGAAGGAGAAAUAUCUGAAUCCAAAGAGUAAAAUUCUCCUGUGAAGGUUUUACUUUUAAGUUUUUAUAUUGUUAAAGGUCAAAAUUUUUCUGACUCUAGAAGCCUUAAUGUUUCAUUUAUCUCUACAAUUUUUAAAAGCAUAAAUUGCUUAAAUCCCUAAAAUUGAGGCAGAAUUAAUUUAUAUAUGAUAUACUACUUUAAAAGCAUUAAUAUUACUUCACAGUACAUGGACUUUUAAAGGGAAAAAUAAAUCUAACUUAGACUAUGAAGACAUUUCAGCUACCUUUUGCUCCAGAUUCUCUGGAAUAUUGGUUCCUACCAUGCUACCAUCAAGUUCUUUUUAAGCAACCCUUCUUGGAAACAGAUCAUCACAUUGUACCCUAUAAAUAUGUCCAGUCAUUGUGUAUCAAUUAAAAAUAAAGUGAAACUUUAAAAAGAAAACAAA